CUCAAGGAAGAAGCAAGUCUUGUUUUUUGAGAAGUUUAAUUCAAACAGAAAUGUUCGUUCUUCAUUCACGGACGUAGGGGUGCGGCAGUGGCAGCUGCGGGGAGGUCGGUUGUAUAAGGAGGUUAAUGUACUCCACCCGUCGCCGGCAGGCACACCGGACAACACUGGGGCCACCCCUUCGCCGUUCUCGGAAUACAGAAGCGGCGCCCGGUGGAGGCGCCCUACCUCAGUGUGAGCGCUUGCACAGUCCAGAGUUGGCCCUCGGUCUGUCUGUUCCUCCGUUAUCCAGCGCCGCCGCUCGUUAGACGGCCGCAUAUGGUUGACUGACUGACUGUUGCUCUUCUUUCGUCAUAUUUGUUCUUUGCAGUACUUUUGCGGUACUGAUUUGCGUCGAUUAUGAAGAUUAGACAACUCUUCGAUAAGGCAGGCGCUCUGAAGGAUUCUUAAACUCGUCUACGGAGUGGGUAUCUCAUCAUCAUGGGACGCGGACUGGAUAUUGAGAAUGCUGGGAGCGCUCGUGACACUCCCUCAGACCAGGACUCUCCCGUAGAUGAGUGUGGAGGAUCUCCUGGGGGAAAAGAUGCUGAGGCGCAAGCCCUGCUUCGAAGGCAGUACGCUUCCAGAAAGGAGCAAAGGGACUUAAGGCCUAGUAUGGUUGUAUCAUUGCUGCUUCAAUAAUGAAUAAUUGCAUUUAUCUGUCACCUAAGCAAAAGAACUUGAUCGAACGAAACUUGGCAAGUUGUGGCUCGAAGAUAAUACUGUAUAAUGGUAUUUCUAAUUCUACCCGAUCAUUAGACACUUCCACCUCUCUAAUAGGAGGGGCUGGCAAAAAAAACCGUCUCCGUGGUAUUUGCGACAGACCGUGCCGCGUGCCUUCGCGGUGUCUGGUCUGUACCGUUACCACGAUUGCGUUUCUCUUCUCAGUGGGCUUUUACUUCUACUUAUUCUUAUGGUUGUUCUCAAUGAUAACAGAGCUUGUUAUUUUGCUUUUCUUCCAUUCUCUUUGCAAGGAAGUGGUUAAAGGUUAAACAUCAUGAUCAGGUCAUUUAUGUUUGUAGUUCUUGUAAUGUACCGAUAGAUACCUCCAAAUUUAAUAGGGAAAGAAACUCGAAUUUUUUUUCGCAGAAGACUUGCUAAAUUGGGGCACUUUCAUAGGGUUAAUGCCAAGAAAGCUCUAAUGUUGUAUGAUGCAGCACUCGCGUUUCUUGAGAAGACGUCGCGACUAGCAGGACAAGUUUUUCUCCAUGCACAGCUGCCGAGCAGCACGUUGCAAACGUCCCAAGCACAGGUGGCGGAUUGCGGUUCGGUCACUUGCUGCACACGUGCGACUGAACAAGGUAUUGAAGAGAAAUGAUGAGUGGGAGUGAUCGAAUAUAGUUUUAUUUUUCCGGAUUAAGACUCGUUGGUCUCGCUCGUCUCCCCCAGGUGUGUCAUUCUCGUUAGAUUUUCGACAACACACGACCAAGACCAACGCGCGCCCCGGGUUUUAUCUCACAAUAGAGCUAGUAGUUACUAGAUAGGGCGAAAGCCUUGCCCUUGGGGCUUCUUUGCCAUGGUGCUCUAGCCGCUCACGUUUUUGCUCCACCUUGCUGUCCCCACGUCUUUGUUUGCCUUCACUCCACCUCCUUGCCUCCGUCCACCUCCUUGCCUCCGUCCACCUCCUUGCCUCCGUCCACCUCCUUGCCUCCGUCCACCUCCUUGCCUCCGUCCACCUCCUUGCCUCCGUCCACCUCCUUGCCUCCGUCCACCUCCUUGCCUCCGUCCACCUCCUUGCCUCCGUCCACCUCCUUGCCUCCGUCCACCUCCUUGCCUCCGUCCACCUCCUUGCCUCCGUCCACCUCCUUGCCUCCGUCCACCUCCUUGCCUCCGUCCACCUCCUUGCCUCCGUCCACCUCCUUGCCUCCGUCCACCUCCUUGCCUCCGUCCACCUCCUUGCCUCCGUCCACCUCCUUGCCUCCGUCCACCUCCUUGCCUCCGUCCACCUCCUUGCCUCCGUCCACCUCCUUGCCUCCGUCCACCUCCUUGCCUCCGUCCACCUCCUUGCCUCCGUCCACCUCCUUGCCUCCGUCCACCUCCUUGCCUCCGUCCACCUCCUUGCCUCCGUCCACCUCCUUGCCUCCGUCCACCUCCUUGCCUCCGUCCACCUCCUUGCCUCCGUCCACCUCCUUGCCUCCGUCCACCUCCUUGCCUCCGUCCACCUCCUUGCCUCCGUCCACCUCCUUGCCUCCGUCCACCUCCUUGCCUCCGUCCACCUCCUUGCCUCCGUCCACCUCCUUGCCUCCGUCCACCUCCUUGCCUCCGUCCACCUCCUUGCCUCCGUCCACCUCCUUGCCUCCGUCCACCUCCUUGCCUCCGUCCACCUCCUUGCCUCCGUCCACCUCCUUGCCUCCGUCCACCUCCUUGCCUCCGUCCACCUCCUUGCCUCCGUCCACCUCCUUGCCUCCGUCCACCUCCUUGCCUCCGUCCACCUCCUUGCCUCCGUCCACCUCCUUGCCUCCGUCCACCUCCUUGCCUCCGUCCACCUCCUUGCCUCCGUCCACCUCCUUGCCUCCGUCCACCUCCUUGCCUCCGUCCACCUCCUUGCCUCCGUCCACCUCCUUGCCUCCGUCCACCUCCUUGCCUCCGUCCACCUCCUUGCCUCCGUCCACCUCCUUGCCUCCGUCCACCUCCUUGCCUCCGUCCACCUCCUUGCCUCCGUCCACCUCCUUGCCUCCGUCCACCUCCUUGCCUCCGUCCACCUCCUUGCCUCCGUCCACCUCCUUGCCUCCGUCCACCUCCUUGCCUCCGUCCACCUCCUUGCCUCCGUCCACCUCCUUGCCUCCGUCCACCUCCUUGCCUCCGUCCACCUCCUUGCCUCCGUCCACCUCCUUGCCUCCGUCCACCUCCUUGCCUCCGUCCACCUCCUUGCCUCCGUCCACCUCCUUGCCUCCGUCCACCUCCUUGCCUCCGUCCACCUCCUUGCCUCCGUCCACCUCCUUGCCUCCGUCCACCUCCUUGCCUCCGUCCACCUCCUUGCCUCCGUCCACCUCCUUGCCUCCGUCCACCUCCUUGCCUCCGUCCACCUCCUUGCCUCCGUCCACCUCCUUGCCUCCGUCCACCUCCUUGCCUCCGUCCACCUCCUUGCCUCCGUCCACCUCCUUGCCUCCGUCCACCUCCUUGCCUCCGUCCACCUCCUUGCCUCCGUCCACCUCCUUGCCUCCGUCCACCUCCUUGCCUCCGUCCACCUCCUUGCCUCCGUCCACCUCCUUGCCUCCGUCCACCUCCUUGCCUCCGUCCACCUCCUUGCCUCCGUCCACCUCCUUGCCUCCGUCCACCUCCUUGCCUCCGUCCACCUCCUUGCCUCCGUCCACCUCCUUGCCUCCGUCCACCUCCUUGCCUCCGUCCACCUCCUUGCCUCCGUCCACCUCCUUGCCUCCGUCCACCUCCUUGCCUCCGUCCACCUCCUUGCCUCCGUCCACCUCCUUGCCUCCGUCCACCUCCUUGCCUCCGUCCACCUCCUUGCCUCCGUCCACCUCCUUGCCUCCGUCCACCUCCUUGCCUCCGUCCACCUCCUUGCCUCCGUCCACCUCCUUGCCUCCGUCCACCUCCUUGCCUCCGUCCACCUCCUUGCCUCCGUCCACCUCCUUGCCUCCGUCCACCUCCUUGCCUCCGUCCACCUCCUUGCCUCCGUCCACCUCCUUGCCUCCGUCCACCUCCUUGCCUCCGUCCACCUCCUUGCCUCCGUCCACCUCCUUGCCUCCGUCCACCUCCUUGCCUCCGUCCACCUCCUUGCCUCCGUCCACCUCCUUGCCUCCGUCCACCUCCUUGCCUCCGUCCACCUCCUUGCCUCCGUCCACCUCCUUGCCUCCGUCCACCUCCUUGCCUCCGUCCACCUCCUUGCCUCCGUCCACCUCCUUGCCUCCGUCCACCUCCUUGCCUCCGUCCACCUCCUUGCCUCCGUCCACCUCCUUGCCUCCGUCCACCUCCUUGCCUCCGUCCACCUCCUUGCCUCCGUCCACCUCCUUGCCUCCGUCCACCUCCUUGCCUCCGUCCACCUCCUUGCCUCCGUCCACCUCCUUGCCUCCGUCCACCUCCUUGCCUCCGUCCACCUCCUUGCCUCCGUCCACCUCCUUGCCUCCGUCCACCUCCUUGCCUCCGUCCACCUCCUUGCCUCCGUCCACCUCCUUGCCUCCGUCCACCUCCUUGCCUCCGUCCACCUCCUUGCCUCCGUCCACCUCCUUGCCUCCGUCCACCUCCUUGCCUCCGUCCACCUCCUUGCCUCCGUCCACCUCCUUGCCUCCGUCCACCUCCUUGCCUCCGUCCACCUCCUUGCCUCCGUCCACCUCCUUGCCUCCGUCCACCUCCUUGCCUCCGUCCACCUCCUUGCCUCCGUCCACCUCCUUGCCUCCGUCCACCUCCUUGCCUCCGUCCACCUCCUUGCCUCCGUCCACCUCCUUGCCUCCGUCCACCUCCUUGCCUCCGUCCACCUCCUUGCCUCCGUCCACCUCCUUGCCUCCGUCCACCUCCUUGCCUCCGUCCACCUCCUUGCCUCCGUCCACCUCCUUGCCUCCGUCCACCUCCUUGCCUCCGUCCACCUCCUUGCCUCCGUCCACCUCCUUGCCUCCGUCCACCUCCUUGCCUCCGUCCACCUCCUUGCCUCCGUCCACCUCCUUGCCUCCGUCCACCUCCUUGCCUCCGUCCACCUCCUUGCCUCCGUCCACCUCCUUGCCUCCGUCCACCUCCUUGCCUCCGUCCACCUCCUUGCCUCCGUCCACCUCCUUGCCUCCGUCCNUGUGUGGGACUCUUGUCGUCAAAAUAGAAUCAACCACUGUACAGCCCCGCGAACACAAGGAGCGGAUGAAGCUUCUAGCACGGCAUCCGCAGCAGGGGCUUCAGCAGCUUCUGGCUCAGCUGCGACUUCUGGCCCAGCAGGCGCAUCCCCUUCUGAACAACCAGCGGUAGCCAACCCGAUUACGGAA